AUGGAUUCCGGGGAACUCGCUAGGAUUAUUCAAGAAGGAAUUACGGCGGGCCUACUUCAGGGCAACAAAGGGACGACAAGAUUCAGUCCCAACACUCCAUUUACUUCCGAGAUAUUAACAUUCCCCUUGCCAGACAGAUUUAAGUAUCCUAGGAUCAAAGAAUAUGAUGGGACCACCGAUCCAAUCAAUCAUCUGAACAUAUACACGGACGUCAUGAAUCUACAGGUUGCACCAGAUCAGGUGAUGUGCAAAGCCUUCCCGCAAACUUUGACGAAUGCUGCUAGGGAUUGCAAACGCAUCAGGAAGACAGCGGCUUCCCUCAUGCAACUUAGACAAGGGCAAAAUGAGAACCUACGUGACUUCAUGACCAGGUUCAACAAGGAAAGACUUCAGAUUCCCGACCUACACAUACCUGCAGCAGUUUCUGCCCUCACAUAUGUCAUAAAGUGCGAGGCUUUCAAGAUGUCUUUAUCCAAAACUCCACCAAAGACAGUCACCGAGCUUCUUACCCGAGCCGAGAAGUACAUAAAUAUGGAGAAAACACUGAACCCGAGAAAGGUUGGACCUUCUCAUGACAGGGUCGAGCAUAAAAGACAGCAUGACCCAAACCCCCGUGAAGAACAACAUCGGAAAAAACAGAGACAGGAGGUUUCCCCGACGCCGUUCACGCGUUUAAAUACGUCAAAGACCAAUAUAUUGAUGGAGAUCAAGGAUAUGAAGGAACUGAAAUGGCCUGUCAGAAUGAGGUCACCACCUGAAUCCAGGGACAUGAACAAGUACUGUGAGUUCCAUCGGGAUCAUGGGCAUACCACGGAGAACUGUAAGGCCCUGCAAUGGGAGAUUGAAGCCCUUAUUAAAAGAGGACUCCUGAGCUCCUACGUCGGUAACGACAAGCGCCCAAGGAAUGAUCGUGGCAAGGAAAAAGACACUGAGGCAAAAAAGGAUGGUCGACCCACUGCUGGAACCAUCAAUAUCAUCAUUGGAGGUAUUGCCUCGGGAGGAGACUCCAACAAUGGAAGAAAAUAG